UCAAUCGUGAAGCGAAUUGACUGUUGCAGGCUCGGUAUGUGGCGCAUGAGUAUGCGUUUCGGGAUGUAAGGGCUGCCCCUCGGAGUAGCGAUACUGAAUUAAAAAUACAUAUACACCCGAGGGACUCAGGAGCCAGAAUACCGACGGAGAGCGGGCACAAACUAAGGGAGUUUACGACCGCACGGAGUGGAGGGAGACACGGGAGCGUGGCAGGAGGGACGCUCGAGCAAAUCCUACCGACACCGCGCGCAGAAAUGGCGGAGCACCACGCAGCCAGCGACGGCAAGCACAAAGCGUCCACCAAUGCCGGGGGCUCGGUGCACGGGAACAGCCGACCCGGCGCCGCGGGUGGAGGAGGGGGCAAAGGAGGCCUGUCUGGUGGACUGACACAGCCGGCAGGGUGGCAGUCUUUACUCUCCUUUAGCAUUCUCUUCCUGGCCUGCCUGGCCGGAUUCAGCUCCAGACUUUUCGCCGUGAUCCGGUUCGAAAGCAUCAUCCACGAGUUUGAUCCAUGGUUCAAUUACAGAUCAACGCACCAUCUCACCACGAAUGGCUUCUAUGAAUUCCUCAACUGGUUUGAUGAAAGGGCCUGGUACCCCUUGGGCAGGAUUGUUGGUGGCACAGUAUACCCGGGGUUAAUGGUGACAGCUGGCCUCAUCCACUACGUGCUCAACCUGCUCCACAUCACCGUCCACAUCCGUGACGUGUGCGUCUUCCUGGCACCGGUGUUCAGUGGUCUGACGGCCAUCUCCACCUUCCUGCUGACGCGGGAGCUGUGGAACCAGGGCGCAGGGCUGCUGGCGGCCUGCUUCAUCGCCAUCGUCCCUGGCUAUAUCUCUCGCUCCGUCGCAGGCUCUUUUGACAAUGAAGGCAUUGCCAUUUUUGCCUUGCAAUUCACCUACUACCUCUGGGUGAAAUCAGUGAAGACAGGCUCAGUAUUUUGGACCAUUGGUUGUUGUCUCUCCUAUUUCUACAUGGUGUCAGCAUGGGGAGGUUAUGUGUUUAUUAUCAACCUGAUUCCUCUGCAUGUUUUUGUGCUGAUGCUGAUGCAGCGCUACAGCAGAAGAGUCUACAUCGCUUAUAGCACUUUCUACAUUGUGGGUCUGGUACUGUCGAUGCAGAUCCCUUUUGUUGGCUUCCAGCCGAUCAGGACCAGCGAGCACAUGGCUGCUGCCGGUGUGUUUGCACUUCUCCAAGCCUAUGCCUUCCUGCAAUACCUGAAGGACAGGCUGACCAGACAGGAGUUCCAGACACUUUUCUUCCUUGGAGUCUCUCUCGCUGCUGGCGUGGUCUUCCUCACUGUGAUCUAUCUCACAUACACAGGAUACAUUGCUCCAUGGAGUGGUCGUUUCUACUCUCUCUGGGACACUGGCUACGCUAAGAUUCACAUCCCCAUCAUAGCGUCGGUGUCGGAGCACCAGCCGACGACGUGGGUCUCCUUCUUCUUCGACCUCCACAUCCUGGUGUGCACGUUCCCAGCAGGCCUCUGGUUCUGUAUCAAGAACAUCAAUGAUGAACGAGUGUUUGUGGCCCUGUAUGCCAUCAGUGCUGUCUAUUUCGCCGGCGUGAUGGUGCGUCUGAUGCUGACACUGACUCCGGUGGUGUGCAUGCUGUCUGCCGUGGCUUUCUCCAGCGUCUUUGAGCAUUACAUGGGAGAUGACACAAAGAGGGAGAAACCCCCUGCGGAAGACAGCAGCGACGAGGACGACAAGAGGAAUUCUGGGAAUCUUUAUGACAAGGCCGGCAAGGUGCGCAAACAUGUGUCAGAGCAGGAGAAGGCAGAGGAAGGUCUGGGUCCGAACAUCAAGUCCAUCGUCACCAUGCUCAUGUUGAUGCUGCUGAUGAUGUUCGCCGUGCACUGCACCUGGGUCACCAGCAACGCCUACUCCAGUCCCAGCGUGGUGCUUGCCUCGUACAACCAUGAUGGGACGCGUAACAUCCUGGAUGACUUCAGGGAGGCCUACUACUGGCUGAGGCAGAACACGGACGAGCAUGCACGUGUCAUGUCGUGGUGGGACUACGGGUACCAGAUAGCCGGCAUGGCCAACAGGACCACGCUAGUAGAUAAUAACACAUGGAACAACAGUCACAUAGCGCUGGUGGGCAAAGCCAUGUCGUCCAACGAGAGCGCGGCGUACAAAAUCAUGAGGUCACUGGAUGUGGACUACGUGCUGAUCAUAUUCGGAGGUGUGAUCGGUUAUUCAGGAGAUGAUAUAAACAAGUUCCUGUGGAUGGUGAGGAUAGCGGAGGGAGAGCACCCCAAGGACAUCAGGGAGAGCGACUACUUCACCCCUCAGGGAGAGUUCAGAGUGGACAAGGCCGGUUCACCAACUUUGCUCAACUGCCUCAUGUACAAGAUGUCCUAUUACCGAUUUGGUGAAAUGCAGCUGGACUUCCGGACGCCUCCUGGCUUCGACCGAACGCGCAAUGCCGAGAUCGGCAACAAGGACAUCAAGUUCAAGCACCUGGAGGAGGCGUUCACCUCGGAGCACUGGCUGGUCCGGAUCUACAAGGUCAAGAACCUGGACAACAGGGAGCCGCUGGACCACAAGCUGCGCAGUGUAGUGCCCAAACAAAAGUACACCUCUAAAAAGACUGCCAAGAGGAAGCGAGGACACAUCAAGAACAAGCUUGCCCUGAGGAAAGGCAAGAAACUACAAAAAAAAUAAAUGGUGACGAUGAACUCUUCUAGGAAAACAAGCAAACAAACAACUGCGAAGAAACCUCUAACAACCAAUGAAGAAGAACACAGGGGCCGUUUAUCUGGCACUUGGUCUCAAGCGCGUCUCAUUAAGAGCGCCCCCGUGUGGUGAGGAAGUUGAAGAAGUCUCAUAUCUGGCUAGCUCCAGAACUGUUGUCCGUUUUAUCCUGAGGACCUUUGUCUUGCUUAUUUUCUCCUGUUUUUUUUUUUUUUUUCCUGUUUGUUUUUUGUACUUGAAUGUGCGGCGAGGCAUAGGGCUGCUCUACUUGUUUCGGCGUCGAUUUAAUAUUUUUUGCGGUACGUUUAAUUAACUGCUUCUCAGUGCGGGGAUCGGGGGUGUGAGGAGGUGAAAGGGGGAGAAACGAGAGGAACAUUUUGCACCAAAGACCCAUCGACCUUGCUCCAUGGCACAUGUGAACUCAUUACUGAGAGUGAGGAGAGGACGCGCAGGAGUGAACGCUUGAGGACUUGUUCCUGACACGUGUACAGAGGACAGUAUGCGGUAUGGAGGAACGUCACCGUCUCGGCACAGCCCAUCUGUAAUAUUAACCUUUUUAUCAUCAUCCUCUCCUUUAUGUCUGCCUGGCUCCCUGACCUUCUUUUUCAACAAAUUCUUUAGAGAAAAAAAAAUUGGCCUAAUAUGUAAAUAUGAUAUGUAAAGAAUAAGUCUAAAAGGAUGAUAAUAUAUUGGAUUAUUGUGGUGAUUUUUAAA